CACCAAUUGGUAGCUGUUCUGGCAGGCAGCUCAGAAGAUCCAGGAGAGCCGCGCAGGUCACUAUCAGCAGGGCUGCGCAAUGCUUGGAGAAGCACGUUGCGCUCUGUGUCCUUGAGCCCCCGACCUCAGAGCAGCUAUAGUCCCAAGAGGCGCCGUCGGGGCAGGUCCCCGGGGGUGGUUCUGACGCCUGCCCCGCUGGAUCCCGCCGCGGGGUCCGCCGCACCGAGGGCACCGUCGCGCCGCGGGAGAUCGCCAGUGCGAGCGUACCAGAGCAGUAGAUUGACUCAGGGCAGCGACUUGGUGCCUGUCCGUUUGGAAGAUGCCGUGUUGCGCGGAUGCAUUCAAUCUCGCAGGGAGAAAUAUCGGCUCGUGGGAUUUGCAUUCUUGGGCUUCUACUUUUUGCGGCACGCUGGCAAUUACGCCAUCCACUCCGCUUGGAAUCAUGAGAUCACGCAGUCGCAUUCCGAGGAGAAUCCAGGACCAGAAGCUCAGCAAUUUUAGACGGAUUCAGCCGUUCGAGUAUUUCUUGUGGUCGGACGUCCGGGUGCCGCCGUCGUUCGAGUCCAUCAAAAAAUGCAUCGCCGCGGCCGUGGACUUGAUACCAGCCGAUCUUCGGUUUGAGACGGUGGGCGGUGAACGACUCGCUUACACGGCCGCGGUCCUUCCCGAGUUCAACCGGUUAUGCGACGUGGAGAGCAGCAGGGACCUGUGGGGCAAGCCGCUCCUGGAGGUCCGCGUAGUCUUCGUCGGCAGGUGAGCAGUAUGAUUUGUAUGCUAUCUCCGGCAAUCGAAGGGUCCCCUUUAGUUGUCGUGGGAGUGCGGGCUAGCGCGCAUACAAAUGGACGGGCCCUCGUCUACAACGCUCCGUGCAGUAUUCUCUUGUAGUAGGGCCAACUGUUGCCAGGAGAGGUCUCUUCCAUGGCAGGCUCACAAGUGGGCCUCGGAGACAUCGCUUGCAAUGCG